GCCUGAUACCCUAGCCCCCACCCUCAGAGCAAGUGUCCGGAAUCUCCAAAUCCUCACUGCUCCUAGGAUCGCUUCAGUGCUAGGAGUGUAGAACCGUUACAACCUCUGCUCUGACCUCCCCCACCCCCGCAGACUUCUGGUAUGCCUCCCGAGGAGGCCCUAGGUAGGUGGAUCCUAGGCGGACCCAACUUUGCCUGUUUAUAGAGGGUGGGACCAAAGUAGGGGCGGGCCCACGGUCAAGCUGUGAGACUUGUGGUCUAGAGUUUAUGUAGGAAGAAGCGUCCUGAGCUGCCAUGGAGACAGGACACUGGGGCAGAAAGACUGGCCCAGAAGAGCCGCUUGAAAGUGUAUACCCUGGACCUUUGGUGUUUACCGGCUCCUCAGAAGAGGAUGUGGCUUUAGCCAAACAGUUCUGGGUUUCGGCGACCAUGUAUCCGCAUCCUGAGUCACGGUUAGUGUCAAACAGCACAGAACAGCGAUUGCCCAUAGCUCGAGCUACUGGGCCCACUGUGGCUGAAAGAAGUUUCAACACUGUGGAUUAUAAAACUGAACAGCUCCUUGAAAAAAACAGAAAGGCUCAGGAAGCUGAGGAAAAACAAAAGUACCUCCAAAAGGUCAUCCUGGAGCCUUUGGGAACCAUCCAUGAGAUAGCCUUAACCGCUGUUGGGGUCUAA